AUGGCGAGCACAGCCAUUGCUAGGUCCUUCAUCGUUUCCAAUUACCCUUCUUCUCUCUCCUUCCGUAGAACCGUCUUCUUUGUUUCUUGCUCAUAUCUCCACUUCUCUGUACCAACACCACCACCGUUACUUCCGUUCACCGCUACCAAACUCCCAAUCCCUUUGACCCUGAAGAUACCCUUUCCACCACUCUCUACAAAACCCCCAUUUACGACCUCACUGUGCACCGCCGCCACCUCAGAACCAGCACCGUCCACCACAAGUACUACCCAGAAACGAAACACCAAAGUCAACUUCUCCUUAUCCGACUCAGACGCCGAGUCCGACUCUGAAGACUCGAAGCCGAAGACGAAAGAAAUAGACAAGAGCAAACUCCCCCUACCCUACGACCCAUUCAACAAAAAACCCGCAAUCGAAGAACCAGAGGACCCCAAAAAUCUACAAGAAGUCUUCCACAAAAUCAGCUCAGAAGGCCUCUUCAACAAUGCAGUCAAGAUGUUCGACGGAUUGUCCAAAGACGGACUCACCCACGAAGCACUCGAACUAUUCUCUCAAAUCAAAGACAAAGGCCAUAUGCCUGAUGUGGUGGCUCACACCGCGGUCAUCGAGGCAUAUGCUAAUGCGGGUCAGGCCAAGGAGGCCCAGAAAGUGUACAUGAGAAUGCUAGCGUCUGGAGUUUUACCCAAUGCGUACACUUACAGUGUGUUGAUCAAGGGGUUGGCGAGUAGUGGCGAUAGCAAGUUGGUGACUGAGGCGAAGAAGUAUGUGGUGGAAAUGAUGGGAAAGGGAAUGAAACCCAAUGCGGGGACUUAUGUGGGGGUGAUCGAGGGGUUGGUGAAGAUGGGGAGAGAAGAGGAGGGGAGGGAGUUCUUGGAGGAGUUGAAGGGGAAAGGGUUUGCGCCUAAUGAGAAGGCGGUUAGGGAGGUGAUGAGGGAUAAGAGAGGGCCGGUGGUUCGGAGUGUGAUGAGUGUUCUCUUCGGCAAGUAG